GCCUCAAGCUUUCGGCAAUCACGACGGCGAGGCGAAAAACGUGGAGUGUGGGUCGGAGCUCCGCAUCACACGUAUGCGGCGCGGUAGUACAGUCUUCGGGACUUCUCGAGCGGAAAAGCAAGCACUCCUGACGCCUUGUAAGUCGGUACUCGCCCAACAGCCACACCGAAACACCCGUCUUGCUUAUGUCGACCAAAGUCAACUACGACUUGUGUCGUGAACUCACCCUGAUAGUGGCACGUACGUGAGAGUGUACUCCUAAUAAUGACACCCGGCGGGGGGACUAGACGGCAGACCUGUUUCGACGUUUAUGCGGAGAAAAAGCAGACCAUGAAUGAUGCGAGGCAAGGUGUUUAAGAUACAUACGACAGCCAUGCAUUACUGAGAUGGUUGAUGCUGUGUGAGCUGAGCUGCCCAACUUCCACUCCUUUCCGUGAUUGAUUCACGUCGCCAGUUUCUUCAACUAUGGCGCUGGCUACUAAUCUUCAACCACUGGCUUAUGCCGUGGCAUACGUUACCUUCUUUCUGGGCACCACCUCGACCUUUCUGAGGUUUUACAGUCGUUACGUCAACUUGAGUCUGAGGAAAUGGGGAUGGGACGACUACUUCGCUGUGGUGGUUUUCAUCUUCAGUGUCGCUCAGCAAGGUGUCUUGCACAUGUUUCUCUACUGGGGAUGCGGGUUACAUAUGGACGCCCUUAAUGCCUUCCAAAAACUGGAAAUUGUCAAGUGGCUCUUCGUCGAGGAGAUAGUCUACUACUCCGUACAUUGGGUUAUGAAAUCCGCGUUUCUCUUCUUUUACCUCCGGCUUUCGUCGGAGAGUACCGACUUCUGCUACGCUGUCUACGCUGGCCUGGGUCUCAACACGAUCGUAUGGGGGUGCAACAUGCUUCUUGCUUGCAUCCAAUGUAUGCCCUUUGACGAAAUUCUACACCCUGGCACACAUCCCGACGCCUAUUGCAUGAACAAACUCAUUGUUCUUCUGGUGCCAUGUCUUUUGAAUAUUGGCCUAGACAUGUACAUCCUCCUUCUACCCAUCGCCAUGCUCUGGAACUGCCAAAUCAGCUUCCGCAAGAAGAUCGCCGUCCUCAGCGUCCUCACCUUCGGCAGCAUCUCCGUCAUCAUCGCAACCUUCCGCCUCAUCCCCCUCCUCGAACUAGGAUCUCAAUCCGACGAACCCAUCGACACAUCUUGGAUCCUCGGCAAAAUGAUCAUCAUCGCCGCCCUCGAAACGCAGUUCGCCAUCGUCGCCGUCAACCUCCCUUCUCUCAAGAAACUCUGCACCAACUUCACCGGCGAAGAGAGCUUGGUUGAAGAGCCUCAGAACUUGAGGUGGAAAGCAAAGAAAUUGACUUCGCAAUGCAGCGACGACUCAGAUGACGACGAGUUCUAUGUCUCUGGUGGAAACGGACGCGGGUACCACUGGCGCAAGAGCAAGGCUAGCUCGCAUACAAGUUUCCGGGCUAGCAUCGCACCUAGUUUUGCUACCGAUGAGGAGUCUCUUCAGGCUAGUGUCGCUGUCGCACUUCCCGUCUUGUGGGUCAAGUCUAAUGUUCAAACGGUUAGAGUGGGUAGGGGGCAUGUGAGCAGAGGGCAUGUGGUUAGGAGUUUGGUUAGAUGUAGUAUGGAGAGGGUUGAGGAUUGCUUCCCUAGAGGACACUUUUUGAGGACGUAUGGGAGGCCGGAGUCGAGGAGGCCAGAGAGUAGAUUGCCGACUUGUAUGGAAAUAUGAUGUUUGUUACGAAUGAUUGUGGAAAGGCUACUCGCAUUGGCGAUGGUGUAUAUGAGAGUGUGUCGUGG